ACGUUCAACCAUCCACUUUUGCUUUUGUUUUUGUUUAGAGGUAUAGUAAUCAUGUAUACGUUUGCCGCACAUUACGAAACACCCAUCUCCGCUCAUUAUUUUUCAUUUUCUUCUUUGCUUCUCUCUUCCCACUUCAACAUCCAAACAUAAACACAAAUUUUUCCUUCACAUGCACAUUUCUUCUUCCAUUUGAAAAAGCAAAAAAGAGACAAGAGAAUAGUGGAGAGAGAUAAGAGAGAUAGGUCGAAUUUAUAUGCAAAACUGUCAUUUUUUUAUCACUUUCAUGCUUUUCUUGUUUUUCUUUGUUUUCCUCAUUCUAUGUCCAGGAUUGUCUAUGACAUAAUACAUACGGGUAUAUAAAUAUUGUAUUUUGAAUUUGGGAUUGCAGAAUGACUAGCAAAACUGAUGAAUCAGUUCAGGAAAAUGAUGGUGCUCCUAAUCUCGAUCCUCAACCUCAACCUGAGUCCCAAACUGGGUCACCAGAGCAUCCUCUUUUCAAGAGUAGCAGUAGCACCAAGGUUUUCAAAAGUGGGCCACUUUUCAUAUCUUCCAAAGGUAUUGGAUGGACAUCCUGGAAGAAAAGGUGGUUUGUUUUAACACAAACUUCACUUGUUUUCUUUAGAAGUGAUCCAAAUGUUGCUUCUCAAAAGGGAAAUGAAGUAAAUUUGACCCUUGGUGGCAUUGACCUCAACAAUUCAGGCAGUGUUAUUGUCAAGCCAGAUAAAAAACUUUUGACUGUACAAUUUUCUGAUGUUCAUGAUGGACGGUCAGUUACACUUAAGGCUGAAACAAAUGAAGAUCUCUAUGAGUGGAAAACUGCACUUGAGAAUGCUUUGGCACAAGCACCAAAUCCAACUGACAUGAUAGGGCAAAAUGGUGUUUUAAAGAAUGAUCAGUUUGAUUCACUUGAUAGUUCUUCAGACCAAUUGAAGGAUAAAGAACUAAAGAAAUAUUCAGUCAUGGGUCGUCCAGUUUUACUUGCUUUGGAAGAUCCUGAUGGAACUCCAUCAUUUUUGGAGAAAGCCAUGAGAUACAUAGAGGAGCAUGGAGUCAAAGCAGAAGGGAUCCUGCGACAAGCAGCGGAUGUUGAGCAAGUUGAACAACGAGUACGAGAAUAUGAACAAGGAAAAGUUGAAUUUUUUGAAAACGAAGAUGCACAUAUUAUUGGUGACUGCAUUAAGCAUGUACUUCGAGAAAUGCCAUCUGCUCCAAUCCCUGCAUCUUGUUGCAAGGCAUUAUUAGAAGCUAGUCGAAGUGGACGUGGUGCCAACAGGAUUUCUGCAAUGCGUGCAGCAAUAUAUGAUACUUUUCCUGAGCCAAACCGUCGUUUGUUACAAAGAAUACUCUUGAUGAUGCAAGCUGUUGCGUCAUUCAAAGCUGUAAACAAAAUGAGUCUGUCAGCUGUUGCUGCUUGCAUGGCACCAUUGCUUCUUCGCCCUCUUCUAGCUGGAGAAUGUGAAAUUGAAAAUGAUUUUGAUGUAGGUGGUGAUAGUUCUGCUCAACUUCUACAAGCUGCUGCAGCUGCAAACCAUGCUCAAUCUAUUGUUAUUACUUUAUUAGAAGAAUAUGACGCCUUCUUUGGAGAAGAUUGCGUGUCCCCUGGGCCAGAUAUGUACACCGAUUCAGAUGGGAGCGAAACUGGGAGUGAGGAAUUUACUGAUGAUGAUGAUGUGUCAUAUGAGGAAGAAUAUGAUGAUGAUGAGGAAGGUGAAUCAAUAGAGGGAUCCGAACUUGAUGAAGAGGAUGAUAUUGGUAGUGAAACUGGUAGUGAAACUGGAGAUUCUGUGAAGAAUGAUAAAAAUGAUGAUAAGGUACAUAAUCAUUCAAGUUCAACUUCAAAAUCUUUAGAGGUGAGUAAAGAUUAUAAAGUUCAAAAGAUGCCAUCGACUAGACUUGAGCAAGCAGUUCCUCAACAAGAAGAUACCAAGAGAUAUGAAAAUACUUGUGAAAAUGAGUCUAGUAAGCCUCCUAAUGUAGUAGGAGGAAAACUUUCUAGGGUUCGAACUACAAAGAAUGAACACAAUGUUCCUAUCCCACCACAUAUGACAAAAUCAGCAACUUUAACGAAUGUCGCAGCACCUCAACGUCCCACUAUGUUGGGGAGAACUUCAGCAAAGAAAAAUCUUUCUAUGGAAUCCAUUCAGUUCAUUGAAGAAGAUGAUGAAGUUGGAAUUGAGAGGCUUGAAACUAUUAAGACAGAAUUGCAAAACCAAAUUGCAGAUGAGGCAAAAGAAAAUUCGAAGCUAUUAUCUGAUAUGCAAAAACGAAAAGAAGCCUUGCCAGAGCAUCAUUUGGCUCUUGAGCGAGAGGUUGUUAUGUUACAAGAACAAUUGCGAAAGGAGAAGAGUUGUCGAACAACACUUGAAGCAGGACUCAAGAUGCCUCCUAGGCCCUUGUCAAAAUCCGAUAUUGAUGAAAAGAUCAUGUCAGAUCUUGAGGAGUUAUUAUUAGUAGAAGAAGAUCUUGCCAAAAUAAAAAGGAAGCUUGAUGAGCUUAGGGUACGACUUAGUUUACUUGGACAGGGUUAUAGUUCUGUGCAGGAUUCUUCCAAUCAACCUCAACAUAUAAUAGAUCUUGAUAUGAAAAAUACACAAGACACUGAAGUUGCAGAGAGGUCAACAACAAAGGACACUAAAUUUGGGGGAGCAGAAUCUGAGAAUGCUACAAAGCAUGAGUUAAAACAUUUGUCUAGCAAAAAAUCUAGUUCUAAGAAAUACGGUGCUUGGAAUGAACAAACAACAAAUUCACAACCUGCCAAUGCAUUGACAAAACUGACAUCAAGACUCAGCUUUUUGAAUGAUCGUCGAGAGGUUAACAACUCUUCGAAUAAAGUAGAAAAGAUUAAAGGAGGUGAACUUCACCCACCAAUAGCAUCUCCAAAGAAAUCUCGAGGAUUUGAAUUUUACCUACCACUUACAUCCACAAGCAAGAACCAAUAUGACUUUCACUUGCCAAUUUUAUCUCCUAAUAAGAAUAAAGGAGCAGAAAAUCUUCAAAAUCCGGACAAACUUAAAAAAAUGGGAAGUCAAACAGGACACCGACACUCUGAUAAACAAAACCAAUACUUGAGAAGAGGAAUGUCAGAAAGCCAUCAUCAACCUUAUGAUUCGGAUAAUGUUCAGUAAAUAUAAUAGGAGCCUAUUGGACAUUGGUAUCAUUCAAUGUUGUUCCUUUCCAUGUGUGAUAUUGGUAGUUGUCAUGCCUUUAAUAAUAUAAUGUCUACUUAUGAAGUAGAGUAAUAGAUGAUUCUCUUGUUUAUCAAAGAAGUGAAUUCAUUUACUUUAUACUAUAUGAUGUAGGAGGAAUAGUUCAACUAUUCUCAUUAAAGUCUAACUGUUUGUAAUACAAUC